CCGAUUUAUCCACAGCCAAACAGCUGUUUUGCACUUUGUUGGCCGCAUUUGAAGUUUUCACUGGAGAAGAAGUUGAAGUGUUUUUUCUUUUAAAAAGUUGAAAAGUGCAUUUUUUUGUUAUCUAAAUACAAAUUUAAAGUUCGCAAGCCAAAAAAAUGGAGAGACAGCCAAAAAAUCUACAAGACCUGCUCAAAUUUGCCAUUCGUUAUCAGACAAACGAAGAUUGUGGCCCGUCCAAAUAUGAUGAAAUGGAUCCGGAGAAAAAGGAAUUUUUAGAAAAGGUACUCAAAUCCAUGACUGUCGAUGUUAUGGAUGAAUUGGCAAAGGCGAUACAAAUCUUGGAGGAUCCCGCUACCAGUGAUGAUGAUAAAGUUGAUGCACUCGACGUCGUUCGUGACUACAUUGACAAUAUGGAUUUUGCAAAUAGUUUUGUAAAACUUGGCGGAACAGAUAUUCUUAUAAAAUGUAUCAAAAGCGAUGUAGUGGCAUUGCGAACAAAUGCCAUCAAAGUGCUGGCCGAAAUGUCUCAAAACAAUGUCUACUGUCAACAGCAUUUUGUUGAAAACAACAUUGUGGAACUUUUGAUAUCCUAUCUGCAGGAUAAGGAUCAAGAAGUUGUGGCCAGUUCGUUGUAUGCCCUAUCAUCGCUAAUGCAAAAUUAUGAACCGGCCACAUUGGAGUUCAGCAAACAUGGUGGAAUUGUUGGAGUUCAAAAUUGUUUAAGUAGCCUGAAUUCAAGGGUGUUUGUUAAGUCCUGUUUUUUGAUUUCAUCAAUUUCCGCACAAUUUCCUAAAAUCUGUGAGGAAUUUGUCAAAGGUAACACAUUUGCAAAAUUGUGCGAAAACUUGGAAUGUGUCGGUGAUUUUGAUAUAAAAAUUGAGGCAUUAUUAAAUGCCAUGGCCACAUUGACAGAUAGUGGAAGUUUUGAUGCAAAAUCGGUGGCCAGCAACGAUGUCACUCCAGUUUUGGAGAAUAUGUUGAAAAAUAUCAAAGGACUGCCACAGUGCGAAGAAAUGGAAAUGUAUGCUCGAAAAAUACAAGAGAAAUUGAGAUAAAUUUCACUUGCAUUGGAAUUGGAUUUCUAGAUUGUGUCUAGAAAUGAAUUCUAUCGAAAUAUAAGUAAUAAAUUUAGUAAUGUAAGUUUCUAAUUAUAAUAACCAAUUUAAAAUUCAUAUUUAAUAUGGAAUAAAUUAACCUACACAAAUCAUUAAGAGAAA